GUCUAAUAUAAAUUAAUUAAUGGCACGCAAAAGGGCUGACCCAGAUCGUUUCUAAGAGUACGAAGAAUUUAAAGAUCAUUCUGGUUUUACGAUAUAAGAGGAUGGAGAUUUGAUAGAUUUCUAUUAUGACUAAUAUAUGGGUUGGUUUGAUGAGUAUGGAAAUUACUAUAAUUCAAAUGGUGAACCAACACGACCAAAUUAGAAUAGCUUGAGAUUUUGGGAUACAAUCAAACAUAAAUGUAUAUUUUAAUAUUUUAACAGUUAUAGAUUAACAAGAUGAUAUAGAUAAUUUAUUAAAUCAAUAUGAAGAUGGUUCCGAUAGUGAAUAAGAAUUCGAUGAUAUUUAUGAAAGGUUAUUAAUAAGAUUUAUUAUAGAGAGUACCUUAAUAAAGCACAUAUGGAUAAGCUUGUUAAGAGAUUAAGACAUUAUGGAGAUCAAGAAGAAAUUAAAAUUAGAUUUAGUCAUAAUAAAUGGAGUACAAAGGAUAAAGAAAUACUCUAAUUAAUUGGUUAAUAAAACGUAAAAUCAGUUUAAUUUGAUUAUAAAUUGGGUACAAAUUAUAAAACCGGAACAGGAACUAUAAUAGCUAUUAACAAAAAUUGUGCUCAGCAAAUUAUUCAAUCACACAAUACUGAAAUUAAUGGAUCACCCAUCUUAUUCGAAAUAGAUGCAUUAGAUAACAAUGAUUCAGAUGAUGAAGUAGUUGGUGUUUAAACAGAAGAUCCAUUAUUAUCUUAACCAUAAUAAUAAUAAUAAUAAUAAUAAUAAUAAUAAUAAUAAUAAUAAUAAUAGUAAUAAUAAUAAUAAUAAUAAUAAUAAUAGUAAUAAUAAUAGUAAUAAUAGUAGUAAUAAUAAUAAUAGUAAUAAUAAUAAUAAUAGUAAUAGUAAUAAUUAAAAUAAAAAGAAGUUUAGGUUUAAGAAUUCUUAAUAGUUGAAGGAUUUCCUGAAAAAGAUAGUCAUGAUAAUAUUAAAUAAUGGUUAUUUUCAAAAAUAUUUAAUAAUUAAAAAAUUGAUGAUGACAAGAUUGUAAUUAAGAAUAAAUCAAAGAAAGAAAAGAAUAAUUAAGUAGACACCUAUUAGGCUGUGAAAUUAGAUUUAGGAUCAAAGGAAAAAAUAGAAGAGGCUAAAAAUUAACUUGAUAAAUACAAUAUGUAUUAAGGAAAGAGAAAGAUUUCUUAUUACAUAUUUAAACCUUCACAAUGAAAUAUGAUUUAUUUAGUUUCUAUUAUAAUAAAUCAAAAUAAUAAACAAC